AAAUUUAGUUGAUGUACGGAACCUUCGGUGCUCGAGUCCAACAUUCUCUUCAUCAGAUUUAUUUUUUUCAGGUUCUAUAAUCAAAGGCUAAAAUGGGAACCCUAUUACUAAGACUACGCUGUCUGUCUGAAAUUUUCAUAGAUUAUGUAUUUCAACAAAAAAUACUAAAGACUAGAAUUAAAUAAGUAUUUAAGAAGCUCCCAUACAACAAACGUGAUUUUUUUGCUCGUUUUCUGUACGGAAUUCUUCUUGCGUGAGUCCGACUCACACUUGACCGGUAUUUUGUAAGAAAAAAUGAGUUGUUUCAUGUAACCAAACUUAAAGGUGAACGUCCACUGUAUGUGCAUGCGUGUAACGGGCGCAUGGUACGCAACGAAUUAUACGGAUUUUUCGAUAUCAUACGUAUCCAGUAUCCGGUUUUUUAAUAGAAGUAUCAUAAGACAGUUUUGUCAUGAAGCUGCGAAGUAAUGUAUAGUAGCUCUAUGCAAGUUAGCGACACGCAUCGCAUUUUUUGCUCAAAUAAUGCGUGAGGUCGGUGGGGCCAUUACAACAAACGGGGUGCAGGAGUGUUUUUCCGUUAAAGUUAAAGUAAUUGUAGCGUGUCAAUGGCGUUUCAAUAUCAGUUUUAUUGAUACGGGUCUUGUCACUAUAUAGCAAAAUACCAAAAUAAUCUGUCACCAUCGAUUCAUCAAAACGCUAUUGCUUAAAUAUUGUUUGUUGUAAGGUGAAUAAUGUAGACAGAAAAUGCAAUUAUCAAAACGAAAACCUUGUACUAUAUUUUAAAUGAAAAAUCAGUUGCGUACUUGAGUACAAGGUGGACGUUCACCUUAAUAAAGAAAACAUUCCGCUGUCGUUCUAUGAAUAAUCAAUAUUUUUGCUUUUCAUUAUAGCAGUUGUAAAGUUUAUGACAAGUUCAUAAUAAAGAGUAGUUAAAACAAUGCCCGUUCGUCCAUUACCUCAUGAGCUUCUAGAACAAGCCAGGGAUGAGCUAAACGAAGAUCACAAACGUCUCGAGGACGGCAUUCAGCAUUUGAAGGAAUGGAUUAGUAAGCAAUCGUAUCUGCGUGCCAGGACAGAAGACCAGUGGUUGGCAACCUUUUUGAGAGGAUGUAAACAUAGUAUAGAGAGAGCCAAGGAAAAAAUAGACAUGUACUAUUCAUUGAGAGCCACAGCGACAGAUCUAUUUAGCUUUAGACAUACCGAUCCUAAGUUUAUGGAGCUACUUCGAUCAGGGGGCUAUCAACGUAGUCGAUUUAGAAGGCGCUACGAUGGCUCAUUUUCUUCAGAUGACGCCUGCCCAUAUAAAGAAGUUGGUUGUGUGCGGACAGAUUAUUGGGAAAAGAAGAUAAAAGAAUACAGUCAGUGGCUUGAAGAAGACCUUGAAUAUGGUACAGAUGAGACAUUGAGGCCUGGAGAGCCAAAAACAGCGGCUGACAUGUUCGGAGUUGAUGGUUCCUUUAGACAGCUAGAGUUCGACUGAAAUUAACACUCUUUCAAUUUAGAAUAAACUACGAAUAUUAAAUAAAUUCAAGAAUUUCAAAGA